AAGAACACCGAACUCGAGCUAUAUUAUGAUUGCGUAACUAAAAAGCAUGAGUACCAAAGGCAAGAUUAUCAUCUGUCUUCUUCGGAAUGACUUACGAAUUCAUGAUAAUGAGGUACUUCACUGGGCCAAUAGAAAUGCUGAUUUUGUACUGCCUGUGUACAUAUUUGACCCCCAUCAUUUUGGAGGAUCCUUCCAUUUUGGGUUUCCGAAGACAGGAGGACAUAGAACCAGACUAUUGAUCGAGAGUGUGCAAGACCUGAGGAAGAAUCUCAAACUAAAGGGCAGUGGCCUUGCUGUGAGACGAGGCAAACCAGCUGAGGAACUGAAGAAGAUGAUUGAAACAUUGGGUCAAAGUUUGGUUCAUUCAGUAGUAUUCCAUGAUGAGGUUACUCAAGAAGAGGUAGCUGUGGAGAAAUCUAUCAGGAAAUGUUGUGGAGUGGAUGUUAAAACCUUUUGGGGCCACACCCUAUAUCACAGGGAUGAUCUCCCCUUCUCACCUUCUCAAACACCUGAUGUUUACACACAGUUCAGGAAGUGUGUGGAAGCCCAAGCACCUGUUAGGAAGUGUUUUGAUAUGCCAGAGUCUUUUAAACCUCUCCCACAAGGUGUAGAGGAGGGGGAUAUCCCUACACAGGAAGACCUUGGGAUGGAAGCUCCUGUUCCUGAUGCCAGGUCUGUAGUGGAAUUCCAUGGAGGGGAGUCAGUAGCCCUAGACAGACUUAACCAUUAUCUGUGGAACACUGAUGCUAUCGCCACCUACAAAGAGACCAGAAACGGUCUACUAGGGGCAGACUACUCUACAAAGUUCUCAGUUUGGCUGGCCUUUGGUUCCCUGUCUCCACGUCACAUAUUUUGGGAGGUGAAGCGAUACGAGAAUGAGAGAACAGCUAAUCAGUCCACAUACUGGGUCCUGUUUGAACUCAUCUGGAGAGAUUACUUCAGAUAUGUAGCCCUGAAAUAUGGAAAUCAGAUCUUUUAUGAAGGAGGAAUCCAAAAUAAGAAUAUCAGAUGGAAACAGGACAAGCAACUUUUCAAAGCUUGGAAAGAAGGAAAGACUGGUGUACCAUUUGUUGAUGCUAACAUGAGGGAGCUGGCAGCCACAGGGUUUAUGUCUAACAGGGGAAGACAGAACGUUGCCAGUUUCUUGACAAAAGACUUAAAGUUAGACUGGCGUUUGGGUGCUGAAUGGUUCGAGUCGAUGCUGAUAGACCAUGAUGUUUGCAGUAACUAUGGUAACUGGCUGUACAGUGCUGGUAUUGGAAAUGACCCCAGAGAGGACAGGAAAUUCAACGUGGUCAAGCAGGGUUUUGACUAUGACUGUGAGGGAGAUUUUGUGAGGAUGUGGGUGCCUGAACUUAAGAAUAUUCCUGGAGGAUCUGUUCAUAUUGUGUGGACACUGAGUCGUGGGGCCUUAGAAAGGGCAGGCGUAACAUUAGGGGAGACCUACCCCAGUCCUGUCAUUGUCGCUCCAGAGUGGAGUCGCCAUUACAGCAAGUCAUCUGGUAGUGCAAAGACCAGAGGACCUCCCCCAAGACAACAACGAGGCAUGGACUUUUAUUUCAAAGGAGGACAACAGAAGAGAAAUUCAACACCAAUGGCAGAGGAGUCUCUUGCAGAGAGACAGGAGUUUGAGCUGCAGGCAUUACAAGCAAUAUUUACGGGUGAUGUUGUUGACCUAAGAAAAGAGGAUGCGUGGAAGAUCCGGAGGCCACCUGAGAUUCAGAUUACUAUAAAGCCACAAGAGAGCAUGGGUAACCACGGAGAAUAUCACGUCCAGGUGGAUCUACUCAUCAAAUGUCCAGCCAGUUAUCCAGAGGAAAUUCCUGAUCUCAGUUUCAUCAAUGCCAAAGGACUUUCCAAAACCCAGUUAUCAUCUCUGAAGUCAGAAGUAGAUUCCAUAGCAACAGAAAAUCGAGGAGAGGAGAUGCUGCUGCAGAUAGCACAGCACAUACAGCAGUUUUUACAUGCACACAACAAGCCUCCAGCCAAGUCCUUCUAUGAGGAGAUGAUGAUGAAUAAGAGGAAACAAGAGGAGGAAAAGGAAGAAGAGCAGAGGAAAGAGUUAGAGAGGCUGAAAAAGAAAGAGGAAAGAGAGUUACAAACUCUGGAGAUUGAAAUCCAGAGAAGGAAAGAAGCUUUAAAGGAAGAGAACAAGAAGAGGAAAGAGGAAAUAAAGCAAGAACAUGUGGAGGAGAAGCCCGUCUCUGUCCUAUCUUCGUCUCCCACCUCUGAUGCGGUGCUAAACUUUUCCCCUGUGGGAACCCCAGGGAAUGUCAGAAGAACUCGAACCUCCGUCUCACCGUCACCACUUAUUGUCAAUGUUAACAAUGAACUGAAAGAUAACAAAACCAAAAGACAAAGGAGAACCAGUACUCCUUGCAGAGAUUCCAGUGACGACCAUGUCUGUCAGAAUCACACGGGGGGCAUUGUUGUCCUGGCAUUUAACACAAAGGGGGAAAGAACCAUACACAGGGGAACAUGUUUAGGGCAUGGCUCAUCUGGGAACACAGUGUAUGUUGGAAUUGACACAACAUCUGGUGAACUUGUCACGAUAUCUGAGUGGGUUCUGAAAUGGCGACAUUAUGGUCGGAAGAAACUUCUGAGGAAGGAGGAUGAAGAUGAAGACAAAGAGGGUGUGGCUUGUCUUAAACAGGUGCACAGUAUUGAACAAGAGCUGUUGUCCCUGAUUCGCUUACACCACCCCAACCUGGUUCAUUAUCUUGCAAUCAAAUACCAGCAGGAUCCUGGGAAAAUCACUGUCUUCCUGUUGAUGGAGUACUGCAGUGGAAGUAGUUUGUCGGUCAAUAUUCGAAGAAAACGACCCAUCCAUGUUGCCCAUUUAAAGCAUCACACAGAAGAAAUUUUGAAUGCAUUAGCCUACUUACACAACAAAGAUGUGGUUCACAAAAGUUUGAGGGCUUCUAGUAUCUUUGUGGAUACCACCGGCAAAACAAAAGUAGCCGACUACAGCAUCGAGAGAAGGUUGUCAGAUUUGUUCUAUACUCUGGAGCAGUCCAGACCAGGAGUCCACUUCGAUGACCACAGGCCAGCACAGGGCAGAGCAAGCAAGAAAGGGGAUGCCUACAAUCUGGGUUUAGUUCUGCUUUCACUUGCCCUUGGAGAGGAUGUAGAAGAAUCCAAUGUGGAAAUUCCAUCUCACUUUCCAGCAUCUUUCCAGGAUUUCCUUAACAAGUGUCUGAUUAAGGAUGAUAAAACCCGAUGGUCUGUUCACCAGUUACUGGAGCACAGCUUCAUCAGAGCGGCUCUUCCUCUCAGUCUACCAAUCUCCAGGCCAGAGACCUAUCAGGAUCUCGACUCGCAAGAUGAUGAUUUCUCCGAUGAGGAGCAACCCUUAAUUACUCCGUAUGAGGCCAGUGGACAGUCUCGCCUAACAAAUGAGUUUGAGAUCCUUAAGUCUCUGGGUAAAGGAGGAUUUGGUGAUGUCAUAAAGGUCAGAAAUAAAUUGGAUAGAAGGUUUUACGCCAUCAAAAGAAUUCCACUAAACCCCAAGAGCAAGCAAUUCAACAAGAAAAUAACUAGGGAAGUUAAACUUUUGUCAAGACUCAACCAUGAAAAUGUGGUCAGAUAUUUUAACUCGUGGAUUGAGGUGAGUGAUGACCCAGCUCAUAGUGAGAGCUCCAGUUCAGCUAGCACCACUCCAAAGUCCACCCCUAAAACUCCAGACAAGCUCCACAACAGCCUGGACAUGACUGACAACAUAGAGAGAUUGGCUCCUCAGACAGUGGAGGAAUCUGUUGAAUGGAGCCGGUCCUACUCGGCCAUCAUCAACCCGGGCUGGGACUCGGAGGAAGAGGACGAGGCGGACGUGUUCGGAACAUCCUUUCUGAGGCUGGCUGACAUGUCAGAAGACGUGGUGUUCAUUCAGAGCCUUGAUAAUGAAGAUAUAUCUGCAGAUCUGGUUGAUGGAGAGAACAAAAAUGUGAAUGGAGGAGAUGAAUCUACUGUCAACAUUAAACUACAAUAUCUGUACAUUCAGAUGGAAUACUGUGAGAAGAGUACCUUGAGGAAUUGUAUAGAUUCCGGUCUGUACCAGGACAUGAACCGGAUGUGGAGGCUGUUCAGGGAGAUCAUAGAGGGACUCACCCACAUUCAUGAACAAGGAAUGAUUCACAGAGACCUGAAGCCAGUCAAUAUAUUUUUGGACUCCAAUGACCAAGUGAAAAUUGGAGACUUUGGUCUUGCCACAACCAGUAUUAUAAAUAAGAGCAAUAUCCUGGAUGUGAAAAUGCUGACUCUGAGUGCUACAGAAGACAAUAUGGAGUCUUACUCUGAGAACACCGGGGACGGAAUUCUAACUGGGAAAGUAGGGACUGCCCUGUAUGUCAGUCCGGAAAUGAUGACUGGAGCCAGCAAAAUCAUCUACUCUCAGAAAGUUGACCUGUACAGUUUGGGGAUUAUUUUCUUUGAGAUGUGCUACAAGCCUCUCCCUACCGGAAUGGAGAGAGUGAAAAUCCUGGGAAAUCUCAGGCUACCAGAAAUCAAAUUUCCUGAGGAUUUUAACCAAUAUGAACUACAAAAUCAGACACACAUCAUUAAGUGGCUGUUGAACCAUGACCCCACAAAGAGGGCCUCCACGAAGGAGCUGUUACAGUCAGAAUACUUACCCCCUCCACAGAUGGAAGAGGAGGAACUGGAUGAAAUUCUUCGAUCCACCAUCGCAGAUCCCCACAGUAAAGCCUACAGACACAUGCUAUCAGCACUGUUCUCUCAGAGUGUCAAUGCUGCUGAUGAUCUCUUGUUUGACAGUGAAUUCUACAAGAGUAAAUUUACAACCAAGAUAUCACUAGUUCACGAGUCAGUUCAGGAUCUGAUGGUGAGGAUUUUCCAUCACCACGGAGCUGUUAGAGUGAUUACACCCCUCCUGAUGCCAGAAUGUGACCUCUAUGCCAAAGCUGACCUAUACACACGGUUCAUGGAUCACUGCGGGCAUCUUGUGUCUUUGCCAUUUGAUCUCAGGAUUCCAUUUGUCCGAUAUAUUGCCCGACACAACUGCAAUAAUGUCAAAAGAUACUGUAUAGAGAAAGUGUUCAGGGAGAAGAAAGUGUAUGGUCAACAUCCAAGGGAGCUAACUGAGUGUGCCUUUGACAUCAUCACCCCAAACCUAGGCAGUCUGAUCCCUGAUGCUGAAGUGGUGCUACUUGUCCAAGAAAUUAUUUCUGAAAUUCCAGUUUUACAGCAAAGAAACUACUACAUAAAAAUCAACCAUGCUAUGAUACUACACGCCAUACUACAACACUGCGGGGUACCAGGGGGCCAUUUCGACGAUGUUCUUCACAUUCUCUCAGGGGUCAAGCUGAACAGCCAAUAUAAAAACAUUUCCAAAUCUCUGACAUCUCUGGGACUAAGCGACCAAUCUGUCUCUUCACUGCUUGGCAUUCUGGAAAUGGAGGGAAACUACGGCAAAAUCGCCAGCUACUUAAGGUGCAUCACCAAAGCCAAAGGGGAGACUGCAUCCAAAGCCAAACAAGGCCUACACGAGCUGGAAGUCUUUCUGAAUAAUCUGGACACACUAGGCUUAAAACUUCCAGUGAUAGUGUCUCUUGGAUUUGUAUACAACAUGCAGCAGUUCUCGGGAAUGAUCUUCCAAGUAAUGGCAGAUAGCAAAAAGAAAAAGCAUCACCAUCCAGAUGUUUUAGCAGCAGGGGGUCGCUAUGACAAUCUGAUCAAGAAGUUCCGAUCUCCUCUCUCUCAGCCUGCUCAGGAAACCGCGAUACAUGGAGUUGGGGUCAGCAUUGCAUUUGAGAAAAUUGUGUUGGCUGUGCUUGAAUCAAAAGAGCUGAAUCCACCCAGCCCCUAUGAUAUUUUGGUGUGCACUAUUGGACACAAGCCAAUGCUGAAGGAGAGAAUGACCAUUGUGCAGGACCUCUGGGCAGCAGGACUCCGAGCAGAAGUAUACUUAGAAACCAUGCAGGCACAAGAAGACAUUCAGGAAUUUUGUCGCAGCAAUGGUGUAUCGUUUAUGGUGACUCUGAAAGAUGGUGAUACAGGGGUCAAGGUAAGAUCUAUAGAGAAGGACAAAAUUACGGAGAAGAAACUGACCACAAAUUCUCUGGUGGUCGACUUUCUGCAACAGAAGUUACAAAUGUCAUCUAAACAGGAACAAUCGGAUCCAAGCCAGGGGACCUCCUCCAAGAACUUGGCUGUAAAUACCCCAUCUGAUGCUCACUCGUCCAACCACAGCAAUAACAUGCUCAUCAAUUUCAACUUUGUCAUCGAGAACGGAAAGCUAGCCACCAAGUCCAGAUAUAAAUAUGAAUCUCAGAUACUUGCCAAAAUUAGCUCCUCGCUGUCAUGGUUACCUAAGAAGUCUGUGGAUGUGAUUGCUGUGGAAUUGACUGCUCCCGUUCUGAAAUGUAUCGUGGCAUUUUUAGAGGUGGAUGGAACUGAACAAGAAUAUGAAGACAGUAUUAGCCUGGUGAUUGAAAAACAGCAGAGAUAUCGGAAAUAUAUCCACAAAAUAUGUGACCAGAUUUAUCAGCUGAAAUUUACAUCGGAGAGAAAGUGCAGUUACAUUGUUCUGUAUGGUAUCAAAGAUGACAGUGUAAAGCUACUAACUUGAGUCGUCGAGAUGACGGCUUCAAUGACAAAAUAUGACAGACUGGACAUUGGAUGGACAGUAUCCACAUGUACCAGGACAUUCUGUAUUGGGGGUGCAUUAGAGAUGGUUUAACUGGUGAGCAGCGGUACAGAUCAAUAUUGCAUAAUUUACCUGUUGAUGUAGAACAACUGGGUGGUGGUCCCGCCGAUGAAACAGGAGAGGAGGAAUUCACGGAUUGAGAGAACUGUCAUUGUAAUCCAAUUCUGAUGUCUCAUUUGCUUUUUCAUAUUUACAACACUAUUUCAUGUUAUUUAUUUCACAUAUCGGUAAAUCAAAACCUAGGAUGUAUCAUAAAGUUACUCAUUUGAAUAUUCAUAAAGCAUUGAGAAUAUUCUUUCAAAUGCAUCCAUUGUGAUUCAUAAAGCAUUGAGAAUAUUCUUUCAAAUGCAUCCAUUGUGAUAGUUUUAAUAAAACAUUGUAUACAAUGCCUCAUGGAAUAUGUAAAUUCUGUGGUGUUAUGCAUAUUCAUGACUUUGAAAGCACUGCAUAUUAAUUGCAGUGAUUGGGUUAUCUCUCUUGUCUUGUAGAUUCUAAACAUUAUAGUCACAGAAGAUUUUUAAAAGUCCUAUACAUUUUUUUUUAGACUGUAAGAAUUGUAACAUACAUUCUGGAGCAUUUACAGAAAAAGUAAUAUGCUGUCACAAAUCACAUUAAGUUUGUCCAAAUUUUAUUUAUCUUUUUAUCAUUUUUAAUGAGAUAUUUUAUGGAAAAUUAUUAAAUAAAAUUCUAGUUCUUUA